AUCACUGAAUUGACCAGCACUAAGGUUGACAUUACUAAGACUUCCGAGUACAAUAAGACAAUCAGCACUUAUGAAUCUAGAAUCACCGAAUUGACCAAGAAGAUUGACAUCUUGACCAAGAACGUCAGUAUCAAAGACAAGAGUGAGAUCCAGAAAAUCACCAUCAACUACGAAAACAAGAUUGCCUCAUUGAACAAGAAGAUCACUGAAUUGACUAGCACUAAGGUUGACAUUACUAACGCUUCUGAGUACAAGAUGGCUAUAGCAGAUUUGCAACGCCAGAUUUCGGAAUUGAAUCAUAUCAAGAAUUUGAGCAGAACCAAGAUUUCUCAAUACAAAAAGAAGUUGUCCAAUUUUGAAAAUACUACUAUUCUUUUGAAUCAAAAAGUUGAGCAGCUUAAUGAGAUGAAAUAUUCGUUAACUGUAAGAGAUGAAGAAAUUAAGUAUUUGAAAGGAAGACUUUUUUCUUGCAUGCACAAUAAUGAGUUGUUGAACAAAGAUUUGCUUGAGAAUUCUGAAGUUGUUUCCAAGUUGUCUUCCAAUUUGAUUGAAUUAAAAGCUAGGUUUGAAGCUCUUGAAAAAAGGAUUGAAACCCUGGGUUCGCUGUCUACAUUUAGGAAUGGUGGUAACUCUUCUCUGAAAACACGUAUAUUCACCAAUAUGACUGCAGAAAGCAAUUGGAGUUUCAGUGGUAUAGAAGAAUCUGUUGAAUCUAACGGAAAUAAUUCUAGUAUUAAUACUAUUAAUAAUAUUGCUAGUUAUACUGACGAAAAUACUGAUGAUAUUAGUGAUAUUGUUACGGAUAACCACAGUGAUAAUAAUACAGAUGAUACUGAUAAUAACGCUGAAAAUAUUACCAGUAAUGGUGUUAGUAAUGGUAACCAUUCUCAAACCUCUCCAAAAUCUGAUUAUUUUGCUACAGGCUAUCCUAUCUCUUAG